UGAACGGGGUGCUGGGUGUUGGGCCGCUGCGUGAGUACAGCUGCAGUUGACAUAAACGGGUCACGCAUUUUAAAUUGGCGAGCGCCUGUUUACAAAGAUCUGUGUGAAUCAAAUUCUAGAGUCAUUCAAAUAGUGUCGAUUAGAUUAUAAUGACACUGUUAAUGUAAGAGACGUUGGACUAUAAAUUGAACUGAGUAAUAACCGGCUAAAUACUACUACUUAUAAUAAUAAUAAUAAUAAUAAUAAUAAUAAUAAUAAUAAUAAUAAGAAGAAGAAGAAGAAGAAAAAGAGGAAGAAGAAGAAUACAUUCCUAAAGCCAUAGUCACUUGUUCACCAUUGCAUCAUAGCCUAUUUUUACAUGAACUCCGAAUAUAAUGGUCCUCAGUAUGGAAUUCUUUCUUAUGGUCAUUCAAGGUUUUCUAUUAUGUGAACCCUACCGUCACAAGUGACGCAACGGAGCUAGUGUGGUGAACCUGCGCAGACUUUUGCGCAGUUCGACCCCCUCAAAACGACGUGAAGAGUGACAUCGUUUCUUUUGUUUACAAAAUGGCGGACUUAAAAACUUGCUCCAUUGACUAUUUCCCUGAGAACAUCCUAAUUGACAUUUUAUCGUAUUUAAGCGUUAGGGAGCUCGUCCGAUCUGGCAGGGUGUGUAAGCGAUGGAGACGGUUGGUGAAAGACCAGAGAUUGUGGCGGGCUGUAGAUCUCACUGAAUGGAAAGGGGUGACCUCGCGCACACUGUGGGUCCUCCUGAGGCAGUACCUCGGAAGCGGCCUCCGCUGCUUGCGGCUACGCGGCCUGCUGCUGUCCGCCCGUGCCGGGGCCUUCCUGUCCGAGGCCUGGCUGCAGGCCCUGGCGUCCCGGUGCCCUCGCCUGCGCGGACUCUCCCUGCUGCACGCGGACCUGCGGGGCCUGAGCAGCUGCCAGCUCCUGCCCCGGACGCUGCAGGUCCUGGAGCUGCGUGGCUGCGAGCUGCCGCAGGGCUUCUUCGUCCAGAGCGCCUCCCCCCUCUCCGGCGGUGACGUGGGGGAGAACGCGGCGAGCGGGGCGGGGAGCGGGAGCCGGGCGGGAAAGGGCUCCACGCCCGCCCCGGUCCCCGCGGCUGGAAUCGCGAUCGAGACCCUGGUGCUGGAAAACGUGCCCUCCUUCACGGACCAGCACCUGCUGAGCCUGAGGUCCUGGGAGAGGCUGCGGCACCUGGAGCUGAGGGACGUGAUCCGGGUGACUACCGCCGGCCUGCGGGGCUGCGCCGUGCGGGACGAGCUGGCCGGGCUGUCCGCGCUGCGGGCCCUGGAGCUGGGCAACUCGGGCCGGACCCAGACGCAGAUGGCCUCGCUGGGGCUGGGCGAGGGCUGGGCGGGCCUGGAGGAGCUGACGCUGGGCGGGAAGGAGGUGCGGCCGGGCCUCCUGUGCGUGGGCAGGCUGCGGGACCUCCGGGGGCUGCGGCUGCAGCGGUGCUCGCUCAGCGAGGGCCGGGUCCUGCGCAGCUGCAAGGGCCUGCGGGCGCUGCGCUGGAUGGAGUUCUGCGAGGUCACCUUCCAAGGCCGGCAGAGGAAGCAGGACGAAGAGGAAGAGGAAGAGGAGGAGGAGGAGCAGCGGGAGGGGCGGGGACAGGGGGGACAGGGGGGACAGGGGGGACAGGGGGGACGGGGCAGGGGUGAGGGUGACGAUGGAGAGGAGAAGGAUAACCCCGUGCCAACGCUGCGGCGCUCUCUCGCAGCCCUGCUGCCCAGAUGCAAACUUGUCUUCACGCGAUGCUCUACUGCAGUGCCAACUGACUAGUGGCACACACCAUCUCAGAAAUGUUCAUAGAUGCAUACGUGCACCCAUGGACACACACACACACACACGCUUGUGUAAAUAAAUAGUCACACACCCACGCAUGCUGCCAGUAGCUGCAGCCAGCACAAAGAGCCAAUACACCUUGCAAUCAAGCACGCGCAUGCAUAAAAAAACAGUACCCUCACAUAAGGUUGGCGAAACUCACUCAUGCACACUCAUACACACACCAACGCAUGCUUCAUGGGAUGUGUGACAAAAGCACAUGGUCAAUAACACUUAAAAAAACACUCAGACCCCCGCUAGUUUACAUGACAUUACUUCACUAGCAUUUAGCUGAUGCUCUUAUACCGAGUGACUUGCACCACUCCCAUGAAGACGCUUGGUGGGCAACAAUGAGAAGUCUGCUAUAAGGCAGACUGUGUAGGCAUGCUCUGGCAGCACCCGUGCAGCUGCCCUGUGACCUGAAAUACAGCCAACUGCCUGUGCUGCACAGAUGUGUGAACUGAGCAAAACAAUUCAACAUGUUUCCUGUGCAAACCCAGUUUCUUGUGCCUCUCCCCACACGUUGACUGAGAUGCGAGAACAUUUCUCAGUGGGUUUGGGCAAAGCAGAUGGCUGGUUCGGUAACCUCUAUAAUGUAGGCUCUGGAUUAUGAUAUGAUGAACUAAUGACCUAAACCACAUUUAAUUGGACUGAAAUGAUGUGUCCUCUUGUGAGCUUGGACGGCACUCUACUGUAUUCCUUGCGACAUGUUCAGUUAAUUGUGUACAUGCACUCGAAUGUAUCGUGAGAUUGUGGUGCCACAUGCCUCUAGCGUGACGCAUGUAGUGUCUCGACUCUCCAGGUGUCACUGCAGAUCUCUCCUUCCCAGCCUACAGCAGUGUAGAUCCAUGGCAAGGCACCAGAAAGACUUUACCUCAACAGCUGUGAUUCUCACAUCAUCUGGGAAUAUCUCCACCUUGAUCGGUUGGCCAGGAGUAACAAUGUUAACUAAGGGAGACAAAUUCCCAGUAGAAAUGCAACAGAGUACUUUACGAUGAGGCGUUGUUAAUUUGUCAUAUAAAAAAAACAAACAAAAAAGAAAACGAUCUGUUUUAA